ACCACCUCGUCCAUUACCAAUUCAGUCGCACAAUCGAACUAACAGCACGGCCCACAUCUGCUGACAGCAAAAAGUCUUUAACAGCAAUAAUGGAUUUCCGCAAUGCUUUAGUGAGUGUUCUUGCAGCCUUUUCGACCAUUUGCCUGCUAGAACGAGAUAUUGCCACCUCUGCCGCUCCAACGGAGAUCGGCUAUAACCACUGGAGGCUGAUAGGGCGCAGCGGUUGGUGUGCACGUCCGCCAAAAGAUCGAGAAGUAUUUGUGGGUCCCGCGCCGUUCGUCAUCAUACACCAUUCUUAUAAGCCCGCCGUGGCUCAGACGGAAUCGGAUUGCCGGCUGGCCAUGCAGCAGAUUCAAAACCUUCACAUGGAUGAGCGACAUUGGUCCGACAUUGGCUACAGCUAUGCAGUCUGCGGUGACGGCAACGUUUACGAAGGCCGCGGUGCCAAUGUGGUCGCAGCCCAUGCACCGCUCUACAACAAUCGCAGCAUUGGAUUGCUACUAAUAGGCGAUUUUACCGAAGGGCUGCCACCGUCACCCAUGAUGGAGGUGGCACUGGACUUUAUACAGUUCUCUGUGGAUUGCGGCUAUUUGCGUGAGGAUUACAUUUUAUAUGGACAUCGCCAAGUGCGCAAUGGAACCAUCUGUCCGGGCGAUGCAUUGUAUGCCCAGGUGCAGAAGUGGCCGCAUUGGCAAGAGGAUGUCAAGGAAAUGACGCAAUUGUAGAGUAUGAGUGCGUGGAACGAAGCGAGCCAGUAGAUGAGUGGGAUUGAGGGACCAACACUUGCAGUAUUAAAAUGAAACAGUACAAAUAAAUAGCAAUAUUAUCAUUGCAAAAAUCA